UGCUCGCUCGCUCGCUCCCGGCUUGUGCUGCGGGAAGCAGCAGACGAGCCAAAGCGGAGGGAGGAAGACACGCGGGAGUCAAGGCAAGCCAUGAAAGUGGCAAAAGAGGAGGAGGAGCACAGAGUUGAUGUAUUGGAGUAUUUUUAGAAGGCAGGCGGGCGGGCGGGCGGUCGAGCGAGCGAGGGAGCGAGCGAGCGAGCGGUGGCUUCACGAGGACAAAGUCGUCUGCGUUGUUGUGGUUGCUUGCCUCCCCGUCUAUAGCCAUUCCGUAGCCUGGCGCUCCAGACCUUCCAGCGAGGCAGCCGGCGGCAGCAGCACGUGGAAGUCAAACAAGUGAGAGCGCUGACAGUAAUGCCGCCAAAAGCCGGCAAACGCUACGACGGAGCCGCUCUGCUCCGCUCUCGUUGAUUUCAUUAGCUUCUCAUCUCACGUUUGGCACCAUCCUCCACCCCACCCCGCCCCACUGGACCGCUCGCUGGUUUGUAUUCCGUGCUCCCUCCUUCUCCUCCUCUGGCAUCCUCUCUUGCUCGUUGUGUCACACAAGCCGAAGCCGCUGCCGCCGCUGCCGCCGCCGCCGCAGCCGCCGCAGCAGACACUCUUCAAUGUCUUCCCGCUGAGUCGACAGCGCCGGAAGGGAGCGACAAGUCGGCCGAGCGAACCUGCCGGCGCGCUUCCGAGCCGAAUCCAAAAGGGUGAUGAUGCGGGUGUGGAUUUAGCCUUGAGCCUGGAGCUCCAUGUGGGCCGCAGCCCCGCAAGCCGGGCUGGGAAAUGACGCCGUUCCCGCGGUGGUAGGAGCCCUGUGGGCGGCGGUCAUGGCCCGAGAGGGGCGCCCUCACCCGUCGAGUCGGGCGCACUCUUUUGCUCUGCUGUCCCGGACGCGCCUCCACGGCCUGAGGCAAGUGUGCGUCCCCGGCGGCUCGCUGGGCCGGAGGGUCUUGUGGCUCCUGGCGCUGUGCGCUUCCCUGGGCCUGCUGCUGUCCUGGUCCUCCGACCGGCUGCUGCACUGGAUGUCCUUCCCCACCUUCACCCGGGUCCACACGGAGUGGGCCAAGGAGCUGGCCUUCCCCGUGGUCACCAUCUGCAACAACAACCCCAUCCGCCUCUACAAGCUCACCAAGAGCGACUUGUACUUUGCCGGACACUGGCUGGGCCUGCUGCUGGCCAACCGCACCGUCCGGCCCCUGGUGCUGGACCUGCUGCAGGAGGACCGCGUGGGCUGGUUCGGCAAGCUGUCCGACUUCAGGCUCUUCCUGCCGCCGCGCAACUUCGAAGGCACCAACUUGGAGUUCAUGGACCGGCUGAGCCACCAGUUGGACGACAUGCUGCUGUCCUGCAAGUACAGAGGGCAACCUUGCGGGGCUCACAACUUCUCGUCCGUGUUCACCCGCUACGGCAAGUGCUACAUGUUCAACGCGGCCGAGGAGGGCAAGUCCCUGCGCAGCACCGUCAAAGGCGGCACGGGGAACGGCCUGGAGAUCAUGUUGGACAUCCAGCAAGACGAAUACCUGCCCGUGUGGGGCGACACAGACGACACGGCAUUGGAGGCAGGGGUCCGAGUCCAAAUCCACAGCCAGGCCGAGCCCCCGUUUGUGCACGAGCUGGGCUUCGGCGUAGCGCCCGGCUUCCAGACCUUUGUGGCCACGCAGGAACAGAGGCUGAGCUUCCUGCCUCCGCCCUGGGGCGAGUGCGAGUCCAAGGCUCUGGAGUCGGGCUUCUUCCAGGUGUACAGCGUGACCGCCUGUCGGAUCGACUGCGAGACGCGCUACAUUGUGGAGAACUGCAACUGCAGGAUGGUGCACAUGCCUGGCGAUGCGUCCUACUGCACCCCCGAGCAGUACAAAGACUGCGCUGAGCCCGCCCUGGCCAAGCUGUCGUCGGCGGCGGCGGAGAGCAGCGGCUGCAUGUGCCGCACGCCGUGCAACGUGACGCGCUACAACAAAGAGCUCUCCAUGGUCAAAAUCCCCAGCAAGACUUCGGCGCGCUACCUGCAGAAGAAGUUCAACAAGUCGGAGAAAUACAUCGCAGACAAUAUUUUGGUGUUGGACGUCUUCUUCGAGGCGCUCAACUAUGAAACCAUUGAGCAGAAGAAAGCCUACGAGGUGGCGGGCCUGCUGGGUGACAUCGGCGGCCAGAUGGCCCUCUUUAUCGGGGCCAGCAUUCUCACCGUCCUGGAGCUUUUCGACUACGCCUACGAGGUGGUACGGGACAGACUACUGGACCUCCUGAGUCGGGAGGACGAGGAGGAAGGCCGGCGACGGGAUGUGACUUCCUGUGACCCUGUGGCCAACCACUCGGAGUCCAUCAGCCACAGCGUGGUCGUGCCCCUGCAGGCCACCUUGGAGGAGAUUGCCUGCUGAGGCCUGGCUUGGCCUGGCCCCGCCUGGCCUGGCCUGGGCUGGCCUGGCCCCGCCCCGCCACUCCCUCAGUCCACUUUGAGGAGAGCCAAUCAUGAGACGCUAAAAAAUCUCAGCCGAGCCAAAUGGGUCAGGGAGGGGCGUGGCGUGGCGUGGCGUGGCGUGGCGUGGCGUGGCGCGGCGUGGCGUGGCGUGGCGCGGGGUUCAAAGUUUGGAGGCACACACCCGAGAAGCAUCCGUUGGUGGCUCAGCGGACACCACAGUGAACAAAAAAAAAGACUGAAAGCCACCAAAGCGCAUGCAUCACUCAUAAUGUGGCCGCCCGCCCGCCCAGCCGCCUGCCCGAGGUCACGUGAUGAAUGUAAAGCUUGAACCUUGGAUUCCUCUUUCAGCAUUAAACAAAGAGA